CGGAAAUGACGCAUAGCGCUGUGUUUCCGUUGGCUAGUCUGUCUACUCGAGCGUCGAAAGCGGAUCAGUUCGAUUGGAUUCGGUUCAUCGCAAACAGAAGCGUAAAGGCCACGCAUCAGAUGUCGUUGGGUGUCCCGCACAGCGGCUGCCGGCGCAGUAAAUGGGAUCAGGCCGGUCCGGUGUCCGGAGAUGAUGGAGGCUCUGCUCCGACCGGAGCUCUGGACGCUGCUGCCGCCGUCGCUGCCAAGAUCAACGCCAUGCUGGUGGCCAAAGGAAAACUCAAACCGUCUCAGAUCAGCAGCACUGCUCCCGCUGAGAAAGUGGCAGGUGUUGCUGGUAAUAAGGUGAAAGAUGAUCUGGUGGUGGCCGAGGUGGAGAUUAACGACGUUCCUCUCACCUGUCGGAAUCUGCUGACCCGCGGACAGACUCAAGACGAGAUCAGCAGAGUGAGCGGCGCUGCGGUGUCCACCAGAGGACGCUUCCUGACCGCGGAGGAGAAGAGCAAAGCACUGCCCAGUGACCGUCCGCUCUAUCUGCACGUCCAGGGACAAACCAGACACUUAGUGGACAAGGCUGUUAACCGGAUCAAGGAGAUCAUUACUCACGGUGUAGUGAAGGCUGCCACUAACUCCAGCUACAGCGGAGCCACGGUCACCGUUUACCAGCAGCCUGGACCCGCUCCUGUACCCACAAUCCCCUCCGCUGCUCACAAACCACACUAUCCAGGAGGAAUGCAUUACGUGCAGGACAAGCUGUUUGUGGGUCUGGAUCAGGCCGUGCAGGGCUUCUGUGUGAAGGAGCGUGUCGAGGGGCCCGGCUGCUCGUACCUGCAGCACAUUCAGGCAGAAGCCGGGGCCAAAGUCUUCCUGCGGGGCCGAGGGUCCGGCUGCCUGGAGCCUGCGUCUGGACGAGAGGCCUUCGAGCCCAUGUACAUCUACAUCAGUCACCCAAAGCCAGAAGGACUUGCUGCUGCUAAAACCCUGUGUGAGAACCUGCUUCAGACCGUUCAUGCUGAGUAUUCUCGAUUCCUGAAUCAGAUGAGCAGUGUGAUGCCCACUCAGGGUUUCGUUCAGCCUCCUGUCGUUAACGGGAUCCCUCCGCAGCCUCCGUAUUACCCCCCUGCAGGCUUCCAGCCCUCCUACCCCGUUCCCAUCCCGCCGCCGCAGCCCGUCCCUCCUCAGUAUCCUGUGGCUCCGGUGCCCGCCCCCCCCCCGACCGCACAGUAUCCCAUGACCCCCGCGAGCGUCCCUGCACAGACUCUUCCUCCUGCUCCGUUCCCUCCUGCUGCACUGGCUCCGCCCAAACCAGUGGCUCCGCCCAUCCCGCCGCAGAAGCGCCGCUUCACAGAGGAUGUGCCGGACGAGACGGACAGUGGCCUGCUGGGAUACCAGCAUGGACCCAUUCAUAUGACUAAUUUAGGUGCAGGCAUCUCUGUGGGCAGCUCUGAGGCGUCAGGACCCCCGUCUGCUGCUGCUUCAGGGCCUGUGAGAGAGAGAGACAGCAGCAGACUCAUGCCUCCUCCGUGUACUCCAGCUCCAGUCAGCGGUCCGAGAGCUCAGAAUGCAGAAGAGAAGACGCCAGCGCCGAGCAUCCUGGAGCCGCAGGUGAAGCGUGUGCGGACGGGGCUCGUGGCGUACACCGCAGACUCCUCCGACGAGGAGGACGAUCACAGACCCUCUGCAGCAGGAGCAGGAUGGACAUACCGCUGCCCGCCAUCACCGCCCUCACGGCCCAAAACACAGACGCAGACCAUGCCCUUCUGGAUGGCCCCGUAAACAGACACUCACACUCUCUCUCACACACACACACACACACACACUCACACUGAAGUCACGUUCAUGCCUCCUAAAGACUGUCCCGUGGGAUUAUGGGUGGACGUGGCAUCUCUCAUCACUCUGCUUCACUUCCUCUUCAUGGCUUUGAUUUGUAAUGUUACUUCCUCUGUGAGAUUCUGUUGACAAAUAAACAUGCAUUGACUCACA